AGAAAAAAGAAGAAGAAAAAGAAAAAAUGUAUCAACAGAGCAAAAGUCGGUCUCUCUCUUCCUUUACUAACUAAAAGCCUAGAGCCUCCACCUCGCCGCACCACUCACUUCCCACUAUAACUCCGCCCCCGCCUCCAUGGCUCCACCACGGCCACCGCCAGCGCCGUCCUCUCACCCCUCGCCGUCGCUCCCCCUCCUCUUCCUCCUCCUCCUCCUUCUUCUCCUCUCCGAGGCGGCAACCCCCGCGAGGGCCGCCACGUGGUGCGUUGUCCGGAGCGACGCGAGCGAGGAGGCGCUCCAGAGAGGUCUCGACUACGCGUGCGGGUCCGGCGCGGACUGCUCCCCUAUACAGUCGAGCGGCCUGUGUUACCUGCCGAACUCGGUGCAAGCUCACGCCGCCUACGCCUACAACAGCUUCUACCAGCGCAAGGCCAUGGCCCCCGGCAGCUGCGACUUCGCCGGCACUGCCACCGUCGCCGCCUCCGACCCCAGUUACGGAUCGUGCGUGUAUCCAUCGUCUAUGAGCACAGCAGGAGGGACCACGGGUACGACGCCCGCCACGACUUCGCCGACCACCACCCUGCCGAACACGCCGACAAUACCCAUCUUCUCUCCUCCCACGAGCUAUGGCGGCACGGUAGGAGGAGUGCCGUACGCGGGAGGGACUCCUUCCGUCGCCGCGAAACCGUUGGAAGCCUCCCGGCGAUGUUCAGCCGCCGCUGGCUUGGCAAUCUUAUGUAUUUGGCUAAUUUUCUGAGCUUGGGUAUACAUUGCUGGUAAUGCUUCAGUUUUGGUAG